AUGGGUUCUGUGCCUGUCGCCGGCGGCAACUAUGCCCUCUCUAACGCACACAAAGAAAUGCUCGAGAAAUCCCUCGUCGAUUCUGACCCUGAGGUCGCCGAGAUAAUGAAAAAAGAGAUCAAGCGCCAGCGAGAAUCCAUCAUCCUCAUUGCCUCCGAGAACGUGACUUCUCGAGCCGUCUUCGAUGCCCUGGGCUCACCCAUGUCCAACAAGUACUCCGAGGGCUACCCCGGUGCCCGCUACUACGGUGGAAAUCAGCACAUCGACUCCGUCGAGUUAUUGUGCCAGGCAAGAGCUUUGAAGGCCUUCCAACUAGAUGAGGAGAAGUGGGGUGUCAAUGUCCAAUGCCUGAGCGGCUCGCCCGCCAACUUGCAGGUCUACCAGGCCAUCAUGAGACCGCAUGAUCGAUUGAUGGGUCUAGAUCUGCCACACGGUGGACAUUUGAGUCACGGAUACCAGACCCCACAGAAGAAAAUCUCAGCUGUCUCUACUUAUUUCGAGACAUUCCCGUACCGGGUCAACCUGGAGACGGGCAUCAUCGACUAUGACCGCCUCGAGGAAAACGCCCUCAUGUACCGACCCAAGACCCUCGUUGCCGGAACCUCUGCAUACUGCCGUCUGAUCGACUACAAGCGCAUGCGCGAGAUCGCAGACAAGGUCGGAGCAUAUCUGGUUGUUGAUAUGGCACAUAUUUCCGGUCUGAUUGCUGCUGGUGUGAUCCCAUCUCCCUUCGAACACGCCGACAUUGUCACAACCACCACCCACAAAUCCCUCCGUGGCCCUCGUGGAGCCAUGAUCUUUUUCCGCAAGGGCGUUCGCAGCACCGAUGCUAAAACCGGCAAGCAGGUCCUCUAUGACCUCGAAGGACCCAUCAACUUCUCCGUCUUUCCCGGUCACCAAGGUGGUCCCCACAAUCACACCAUUACCGCCUUGACGGUGGCAUUGAAGCAGGCUGCUUCACCAGAGUUCAAGCAGUACCAAGAGCAAGUCAUCAAGAACGCCAAGGCAUUGGAAGUCGAAUUCAAGCAACUCGGCUACAAGCUGGUCUCCGAUGGAACCGACUCACACAUGGUCCUCCUUGACCUGCGCCCUCAAUCCGUGGACGGAGCUCGCCUCGAGACGGUGCUUGAACAGAUCAACAUCGCUUGCAACAAGAACAGUAUCCCUGGAGACAAGUCUGCACUGACACCAUUCGGUAUUCGUAUUGGUGCUCCCGCCAUGACUUCGCGUGGCCUCGGUGAAGACGACUUCAAGCGCAUCGCACACUAUAUCGACACCGCCAUCAAGCUGUGCAAGAAGAUCCAGGGCGAUCUUCCGAAGGAGGCCAACAAGCUCAAGGAUUUCAAGGCCACUGCCUCCAACGACUCCGUCGCAGAGAUCCUCAAGCUCAGACAAGAGAUUGCCAAUUGGGCUAGCAGCUUCCCUCUCCCAGUGUAG